AUGACUGGUGAUAAGCGAGCAAAAGCAACAGCCAAUCGACGGGUACUGUUCGAGUAUCCCGCACUGCCCACUCUCGAACUUGGCCUUUGCUACAUCGUUGUUGGAUGUAGCAUGAUUUAUGCAUGGGGUCAAGUGAUCAUCGCCAGCAAUAAAUACCAAUUUCAACAUUGGCAUUCCAUACGACUUAAUCGAUUGCCAUUAAUCGGUGAACGAUAUGUGCCAUCAACUUGCUGUAUGGUUAAGUUCUAUGCCAGUCCUCUACCUGACAUUGCAUUAUACUUAUCACCUGUCAACAAAUCCCUUAUUCGUUGUCGUCUUCUACGUCCUGAAGAUAACACACUUCUGAAACGUUACGUUCGUAUGCUUUUCUACGCUUUCUAUCCGCCUUACAUGACUACGUUAGUAGUAAUUUAUCCUGAAUUUGAACGGCAAAUGUGCCAACGUCGGACUAAAAAACGUAAUUGGCGAUCCGUUAUAUUUCUCGCUGUACGCAUUGCUUUCUGGUGGCUUCUCAUCUAUUUGAUGUUACACUUUAUGUACUUCGAGUGGAUACUUUAUGAUACUGAUUACGCACGAAAUUUGCCAAAAAAUGAAUUCGUAUCCUUAGGAAUGGCAUUAGGUAUGCUUUAA